CCCUCCCCUCCCUUCGCUGUCUUCUCCUUCUCUGCCGGACCGGAACUAUGUGAUCCCGGAAGUUCCGGGGCCAUUGCUGUGUGGGAUAAACAGUAAUGGCGGAGGCUGCGGCUCCCGGAACAACAGCCACAACAUCAGGAGCAGGAGCGGCAGCGGCGGCGGUGGCAGCGGCCUCCCUCACCUCUAUCCCCACAGUCGCUGCCCCGUCCCCGGGGGCGGGAGGAGGGGGCGGCGGCAGCGACGGCAGCGGCGGCGGCUGGACGAAACAGGUCACCUGCAGAUAUUUUAUGCAUGGGGUUUGUAAGGAAGGAGCUAACUGUCGAUACUCUCAUGACCUCUCAGACAGUCCAUAUGGUGUAGUGUGCAAGUAUUUUCAAAGAGGGUACUGUGUUUAUGGAGACCGCUGCAGAUACGAACACAGCAAGCCACUGAAACAGGAAGAAGUGACUGCUACAGAUCUGAGUGCAAAACCACCCCUGGCUGCUUCCUCAAGUCUCCCUUCUGGUGUUGGAUCACUUGCUGAAAUGAAUCCAGGCGAAGCUGAGACACGAAGCCCAAACUUUGCAGCUGUAGGAGCAGGUUCAGAGGACUGGGUGAAUGCCAUUGAGUUUGUCCCUGGGCAGCCCUACUGUGGCCGUACUGCCCCUUCCUGCACUGAAGCACCCCCGCAGGGCUCAGUGACCAAGGAAGAGUCAGAGAAGGAGCCAGCUACGGUGGAGACAAAGAAGCAGCUUUGCCCCUAUGCUGCAGUGGGAGAGUGUCGCUAUGGGGAAAACUGUGUGUAUCUCCACGGAGACUCCUGUGACAUGUGUGGCCUGCAGGUCCUACACCCAAUGGAUGCUGCCCAGAGGUCACAGCACAUAAAAUCUUGCAUUGAGGCCCAUGAGAAGGACAUGGAGCUCUCUUUUGCUGUUCAGCGCAGCAAGGACAUGGUGUGUGGGAUCUGCAUGGAGGUGGUCUAUGAGAAAGCCAACCCCAGCGAGCGUCGCUUUGGGAUUCUCUCCAACUGCAACCACACCUACUGUCUCAAGUGUAUUCGCAAGUGGAGAAGUGCUAAACAAUUUGAGAGCAAGAUCAUAAAGUCCUGCCCCGAAUGCCGGAUCACAUCUAACUUUGUCAUUCCAAGUGAGUACUGGGUGGAGGAGAAAGAAGAGAAGCAGAAACUCAUUCAGAAAUACAAGGAGGCCAUGAGCAACAAGGCGUGCAGGUAUUUUGAUGAAGGACGUGGGAGCUGCCCAUUUGGAGGGAACUGUUUUUACAAGCAUGCGUACCCUGAUGGCCGUAGAGAGGAGCCGCAGAGACAGAAAGUGGGAACGUCAAGCAGAUACCGGGCCCAACGAAGGAGCCACUUCUGGGAGCUCAUUGAGGAGAGAGAGAACAACCCCUUUGACAACGACGAAGAGGAGGUUGUCACCUUUGAGCUGGGCGAGAUGUUGCUUAUGCUUUUGGCUGCAGGUGGGGACGACGAGCUGACAGACUCUGAGGACGAGUGGGACUUGUUUCACGAUGAGCUGGAGGAUUUUUAUGACUCGGAUCUAUAGCGGCUUUGUGUGGCGGGAACUGGUCUGCGGAGCCUCAGGCAGUAGCUGUCCCUGUGCUGUGUGGCAGUGCGUGUGGCUCUCCUAGGCAGGCCUCUCAAACUCCAGGUGCUGUGAUCACUACCCAGGGCCUGUUCCUCUACCCUCACCUUUCCCCCAAGAGUGUGUUGUUUUCUCUGUUUCAAAAGUUACAAAAAUAAAUCUUAAAGUUA